AAGAAUAACCUAAUCUCACCCUAGUGUUGUUACGAGAGUAUUGGAACCACGUUGCUUUUGAAUUAGAAUCGUAUCAACAAUGGAAAUAAUUAAUUCUCUGGAUUAUGAUUCAGAAAAUUGGGGAGAAUGUCUACAGAAUUUGAUAUCUUCCAAUGGAGACAUACCACUUGAUAUAGAAGAAGUCGAUAAAAUACAACAUAGUAUAAUUAAAAGCAUAAAUACUUAUAUAAAUUCAUCUUUGACUUGUGCCAAGUGUUUAUUAGUAUUAGAUCAGAUUUUGCCUCAAUUAUCUAAAGAUAUACUCUCAAAAUAUUGUUUAUUAUGGAUGUCAAAAGCUACUGAUAUAUUAGAAAGUGAUCGUAGUAUUCCACAAGAAAUAUCCAUCUCUUGUAAAGUUCUUGGACAAUUGAUUAUAAGAUCUAAAGAUAUUCCUGAUAUACAGAAACAAAUUUCAAUGCAAAAUGUGAAGCAGCUCAUUAAUGUAAUUAGUAAUUUACGGAUAGAAAGAAGAUGUGGACCAGUAUAUUAUGUGAUUGCUGUGCUGUUGAAUAAAUAUCCAGAAGUUUGUGAACGACUACAAACUUCCAUUAGGAAGAUUAUACUAUCACAAAUUGAUUCUACCCAAGAGAACUUAAUUAAUGCAAGCGCUAAGUGUUAUACACUUUUGGCAAGAGUCACAGAACGUUCAUUUAAACCGCCAGUCUCAAAGCCAAGUUACACUGGUUGGACAUAUCAUCAAGCACUGAUUUGCAACAGUUUGCACGUAAUAAUGGAUGAAUUAUUUUCUAGUUUAAUGGAAUUGGAAAAUGUGAGCAUUUGGGAUAAGCUGGAAGUGCCUGACAUUUCUGAAGAAGAUGUUAUUACACUCUGUAGUAAACAGAGUCAAAGAUUCUUAAAUCUGUGCUCUUAUUUAUCUCAUAUGUUACGUGGAUUCGAUAAGAAAAAUUCAGUAUUUCCACAUGAGAUUUUGAAAGUUGUGUGUAGAGGAUUAACAGUACAACCAUCAAACUUAAAAAAUCGGAAUACUGUCAGAGAGUUGAUCUUAUAUCUUAUUUUACCUAAACUCCAUAUUGCUUUGUUCGAUGUUUUGGACGCAUUAAUUGUUGGGUUUAAGGAACAAUUAAUAACAUUUGGAUCAACAAUAUUGCAACUGUUUCUUCAAACGUUACAAUGGACAGAAAAUAUUACAGAGGAUCAGAUAACGAUUAGCGGCAAGAAACCAUACAUAAAUUUGAGGAUAUGUGUCUAUAAAAGUCUUAACUCGUGGCUAACGAAUACUAAUGGCCUGUCAGGAAUAGAAACAGCUGCCGAUGAAUAUCUUCCUUGUAUAUUAAAAGAUAUUACACCAGAAAGGGAUCGCGUGUUGUUAACGAUUCAAAAGACACAAAAUUUAUCGAAACGAGCAUUGAAGCGUCUACGGGAUAGACAAUACGAGAAAGGCACGUAUUUAAAUAAUGGGAUAGCAUCUAAUAAGGAACAUUAUCUAGAUGCUGACGUGUGUAAGGUGGCUCUCGAUACGCUUCAAAAUAUAUUUUUUAAUAGCGGCACUCUUUUAAAAAGAGUAUUCUACGAAACUGUACAAAAUGUUAUAAUACCAUUGUUGUAUGACUGUUACCUGAGUUCUAAUGAGGAAAAGUUUUAUAAAGAGAAUCCUGACUGCCGUUUAUUAUUAUUCAGAGUUUUGAGAGCCUUGCAAAUGAAUCCACAUUCUUCGAUACCAUCGCCUACGCAAUAUUCUCUAGAAAUAUUCGAAAUGGCUUUGAAUGAUAAUAAUUUGCAUAUUACUCAAGAAGCCAAAGUAGCAGUGGCAGAACUGGAAAAAAUUGUGCAUCCACGUGCACCGCCUCUUCAAUUGACCCAAGGAGAAAUGGUUCAAAAGGAAUUUGUUACUAACGGUCAAACGAUGCAAGAACAUAUUGAGGCAGUGGAAGAAGAAGUGUCUACUAACGUUGAAACUACUGCAAAUGCAAAUCCAGGAUUAUCGUUAUCGAAAAGAGCAAGAGUUGCGAAUUCACAUUCUAUUGAAUCUUUUGAAGUUCAAUGUUCAGCUACAACUGAAAUUCUUGCAAACGAAGAUAUAGAAUUAUCGAAUAAAAGAUUAAAAGUUACAAAUUCUGAUGAAAGUAUUGAAUCUUGUAUGAAAAGUAUCAGUAAGGAAGUAUCCCAAAAAGCAAACGAAGCUUCUCAACAAGAACACAUUAAUACGGCAACAGAAGUAUCUGUUGAACAUAUACAAAAUACAGAUAUUAUUCGAAAUGAACAAUCAAUACAAACUUGCGAAGAAUCGAUGAACAAAGAAGAUUCAGUACCAGUCACAAUGGACAUUGAAGUAAUACAAGAACCUGAAAGUACUAAAAACUCGAAUAAGGAAGAUGUUAAUGAUUCAGAAGAUACAUUAUUGAAAUUGUUCCAGGAUAUACCAAAGGAUAAUCACUAAUUUGAUCUGAUCAAUAACUAACAAGAAUUAUAUUGUAUCCGAUUAUAUUAAUUCUGAAAAUGCAGCAUGUGUUUUCUCGCAUGCUUCAACUCUUUUAUUUAAAUAAAAUAUAUUUGUGAAAUAUAA